AUGGGGGCCUGGUGGAAUAGGAAAUACCACAAUAUUGCGAAAGAUGUGUUUAAUUCAAUUCACCGUGAGUUUGAAAGUAGUUGUUUCUUGGCGGAUGUUAGAUCAAGUGCCAUUGUCCAAAUGCAAAAGACACUUUUGUCUGAUAUUUUAAGGGACUCAACUUUGAAGGUGAGCAAUGUUGAUAAAGGAGCCGGUAAGGAAGUAGAUCGUGUGAAACCGAUACUAGAAGCUUGCUAUGAUAUGAAAUCAGUGACUGGUAUUGCCCAACUCCAAGAAAAAGCCUUGAUAAGAAUUGACGGAGAUAUGAUUUGGAUGCAUGACUUAAUUGAUAGAAGAAAUGGGUGCUCAAAAUUGGCAGAGCUGCAUCGUUGUGUCACCGGAGGUAUCAACGAGUCGCCGGCUACUGUGCAGAAUUUUUCAAGCUUAACAUCUAUGGAUUUAAGAGGUUGUAAAUCCCUCAUAGAGCUUCCGAACUUCACCGGAAUACCCAACUUAAUAGAGCUGAAGUUAGAUGACUGUGAAAGUUUAGUUGAGGUUCAUCGUUCUGUUGGAUUCCUAGAUAAGCUUGUGACCUUAAGUCUUAAAAGCUGCUGUAACCUAGUUAAGUUGCCAACCGAAUUUAGCUUGAAAUCUCUCCUUGCUAUGGAUCUUAGUGAUUGCACUAGGCUAGAGGAAUUUCCAAAAAUUAUUGGAAAGAUGGAUUCUUUAGGAGUGUUGAUCCUAUCAUUCACUCUCGUUAAAGAAUUGCAUCCGUCAAUUGAAAAUCUCAUUGGGCUUAAUGAGUUGCACCUACAUCAUUGUAAAAAUCUUACGACUCUACCAUUCAUCAGCAUUUAUGGGUUGCAAAAUUUAGAGAUUCUAAAUGUGAGUGGAUGCUCAAAACUUGUUACAUUUCCAAUAAAAGCAAGUAUUUCAUCACAUGAUGACAGUGGCUCACUAUCGCUUCCCAAGCUACAUGAAUUCAAAAUCAACGGAUGUAAUUUAUCAACUUCUGAUUUCAUUGGGACUCUUGAUUGCCUGGAAACAAUAACCGUACUUGAUCUCUCAAGUAACAACUUUGUUAGUGUUCCUACACUUGGCAAAUUUGUCAACUUAGCAAAUUAA